GCAAAAAAGUAAGAACGUGAGAUAAAAUACAUCAGAGAUCUUUAUACUGUGACAACAAUAUUAAAAGCUACUUGAUUUGGUUUAAACAAGGGAUGCUGAAUGCGUCGACGAGUGAUUUACAAGUUUUGGCUGCCCGCCAUCUCCCUGGUAGUCCUGUAUCUGUUAUAUGUUGUCCGUCAGCGAACAGCCCAAAAUGUACAGAGGGUUACUCUUACAGAGAAACCCAGAGAACGGACCGAGGACGAGAGGUUAGGACCGACUGAACUGGACAAUGGAGCAAAACUUUGGAGAAACAGUAUCCAUCUUUCCAUUGUUGUUUGCGGUGACCGUCGCAACGAGUCCAUUACCCUCAUCAAGUCUGCUGUCCUCCUUACCAAAUCUUACAUCGUCAUCCACAUCUUUGCGGAGGGAGAGUUACAUUCUUCAUUACAGAACCAGCUCAGUUCAUGGCCACACCAUAUCACAAAGAACUUUGAAUAUCAUUUGUAUAGAACAAAGUACCCGGAACCAUCCCAAGAGUGGAAACUAUUAUUUAAACCAUGUGCAUCACAAAGAUUGUUUAUUCCAUCUCUUUUAACAAAUGUGGAUUCCUUACUGUAUGUUGACACUGAUGUUUUAUUCCUGUCUCCUCUGGAGAAAAUCUGGUCCCAUUUUUCCCGUUUCAACAGUUCCCAGGUGAUCGCUAUGGCUCCGGACAAUGAAGUUCGUCACACAGCCUGGUAUAACAGAUUUGCCAAACAUCCAUACUAUGGAGAAUUAGGUGUUAAUUCUGGAGUGAUACUCAUGAAUUUGACGAGGAUUAGAGCUUCUACAUGGCCUACGUCCAUCAUUAAGUACCAUAAAGAGUACAAAUUAAAGAUGACUUACGGAGAUCAGGAUCUCAUGAAUAUUUAUUUUCAUUUCCAUCCUGAUGAGCUAUAUAUUUACCCCUGUGAGUGGAAUUACCGGCCCGAUCACUGUAUGUAUACUAGUGUGUGUGAGGGGGCAAAUAAAGAUGGGGCCCAUGUACUUCACGGCAAUCGCCGGACGAUGCAGAAUCAAAAGCAGCCCGCAUUUAAAGCUGUUUAUUCGGCAUUUAAAGAAUAUGAUUUUCAAGAGAAGUUGAUGAUUUCGUUAUUACCAAUGCUUUUGAGAAAUCUUGAGGCAGUUGCAAAGACUCCGUGUGGAAAAGUUGGACAUAUAUUUUCUAAAAGAGUUGCCCAGUUUCUUAAUCAAGAAGAAAAGUAGCCCAUGUUUUUCAUUGAUUACAUCCAAACUUACUAGAAAGCAGCAGACUACUGAGCACAAAUG